AUGUUCAACAGCAGUCACUUCACCCCAAAAUACUUUCUGCUAACUGGUCUCCCUGGGCUGGAGGCACAAUACUCCUGGUUCAUCUUUCCACUCUGUUCUACAUAUCUUGUGACCCUCGUGGGUAAUAACCUGAUUCUGGCUGUGAUCAAGAAAAACAUCUCUCUGCACCAACCAAUGUACCUGUUCCUAGUAAUGCUGGCCUUUGCAGAGCUUGGUGUCUCUGCCUCUACACUGCCCACUGUGCUGGGCAUUUUCCUUUUUGGUGCCAAUAAGAUCUACUUUGAAACCUGCCUUUUGCAGAUGUUCGCCAUACAUUCAUUUUCCAUCAUGGAGUCAGGAAUUCUGCUGGCCAUGUCUGUGGACCGCUUUGUGGCCAUCUACAGUCCACUGAGGUACACAACCAUCCUGACUUUGCCCCGUAUUGCUGGUACUGGUGCUGCACUUGGACUGAAGAGUGUGAUGCUCAUGUUUCCAUUUCCUUUUCUCCUGAAGCAUCUACCCUUCUGUGGCUACUACACUCUCUCUCACUCGUAUUGUCUACACUCGGAUCUAAUUCAGCUUCCCUGCGGGGACACUCGUCCCAACAGCAUUCUGGGACUUUGCAUCGUCAUUUCCACUUUUGGACUGGACUCACUAUUCAUUGUUGUCUCUUAUGUGCUGAUCCUCUACACAGUGUUGGGCAUUACCUCUGGGGAGGAACGGUGGGAGGCUCUCAACACGUGUGUAUCUCACAUGUGUGCAGUCCUUGUGUACUAUGUGCCCAUAAUUAGCCUAGCCCUGGUGCACCGCUUCAUGAAGCAUGCUGCACCUGCUGUCUGUCUACUUCUGGCCAAUGUCUAUCUUUUGGUGCCACCUGUGCUCAAUCCCAUCAUCUACAGUUUUAAGACCAAACAGAUUCGCCAGGGAUUGAUCCAACUCUUUCUUCAAAAAAAAUGUUAA